AUGUCACUCCGAACCCUGUCGCGAUCGUCCCUGCUCUUGCCCUCCAUGAUCGGCUCAACAAGUCGACAGCCACUCCAUGCAUGCCUCUCGUCGAUCCCGUGCUCGAUCGUCCCUCGGAGCUCGACCUCACCCUCUUCCUCGUCGUUCUCCUCCUGUUCCUCGGCGUGCAACAGGAUAGCACCUGCACCAUCUGCAACCUCAGCCCCUCGUCCAAGUCGACCAGCCUACCAGCAGCGUGAACUACCAUCUGAUCGUGAAUUGCCCCGAUUAAAAGUGAGCCUUCCCACUCACCCCUUUCCUCCUCCUCUGCACCGACUUAAACCCACCCUCUUGACUCGACAGUCCCGAACCCCGCUCUACCUCUCCGUCGCCCUCCUCUCCGCCACAACAUGGGGGCUAUUCCUCUUCUACGCGACCAACGCCGAGCGGUCCAAUUCGUCCGUGAUCGGUUCGCUCGCGUUUCAACUCAGGACCUCCAAAGUCGUCGCAGAUUUCUUGGGCAACAAAGUGCAUUUACCGGCCUUGAUCGGCGAGUUUAGGACGGUGAAAGGGAACGUGAGUGCUGCAAGUCGGGUGUACGGAAAGUUUUCCGGGAGGGGAUAACUGAUGAAGCUCGUGUUUUUUUGGCUUCUUUCUUUCUUCCUUUCUCGCCGACUCGCCACCCUUCUUCGGCGUCGAAUCUCACCCCUUCUCAACGACUUUUUUUUUUUUAGAUCAACAUGUUGGCCGGACGAAUUGACGUCCAAUUCAGAGUCAAAGGUGAUAAAGGUCCGUAGUAAUAAUAAUAAAACCCUUCUCCCUUUCCCUACCUACUCUUCACCUAACCCCCAAAAAAACCUCAACUAACCAUCCUCUCUCCCCCUCCCCCCUCCCCCUUUUCUCUCUCUUGUAGCUGGAGGAAUCGCUAUUUUCACCUCCGUUCGUCGAGGUAAAGAAGGUAGAUUCGAGGUGCUGAGAUGGAAGAUCAUCAGGGAUGAUGGGCAGACGUUGGAUUUACAAGCCGCGGAUCCUAGAGCGGCGAGGAGGGUGAUUGAGGAGGUGGUGAUUAGGGAGACGGGCGAGAAGGGGAAGGGUGAGAGUGGGGUGGUCAAGAGGGUUGUGUAG